UUGAUGUAAUCACCAAGAAUUAUAUAAGAUUUUAUGUGACUUAUAUGUUAAUCGGAGCUUAAUCAAAAUGACAAAAAUGUCAAAAAAAAGUUAAGAGCUCCAGACCGAACUUUCAGUAAAGAACGAGUCCAACAUCUUUUAAUCGAGUGAGCAUAGACCAUCCAUGUUGCUGACGUAUAUACGUACACCGGUUAUACAAACUAUAGUUAACCUGAGUCAAUGUGCAGAUAAUUUAAAGUAAUUGGGCGAAAUUUGUGCAAUCCUCGUUAUAAGAAAAAAAGGAAUAGGGGUCUAUGAUCUCAAAUUUUCUCAGCAACAAUGGCUGUUAGCAGUGGAGUGUCGUUUAUGCUGUCGUCAAUAUUAGUAGUGUUACUGUUCUCCGGUAUGCAAAUGUACAAAGUCUGGCUGAGCUCGUCGCAGUUGGGAACAAUCUUGGGUGGACUGAUUGGAUCUUUCUUGUUCAUGUGUACAUUGACCGCAGUGGGAAAUCUUGAAAGUACUUUAUUCGGAAAGUCUUUCCAACAGAAAUUACUUCCGGAAGUGGUAUUCUCGCUGACUUUAAGUCUAAUUGCUUCUGCCUUGAUCCAUCGGGUAUCCACUACAACGUGUUUAAUAUUCUCUUUGAUUGCACUGUAUUAUAUGAAUAGAAUUUCUCAAGAAACAUAUGGUGUAUCUAUACAGACUACAGUGAUGCAAUCUAAGAAACGCAAGUGAAUGGAUAUAAGGAUAUUUACUUUAUUAUUUUAUUAUCAAUGUGUAUUCUAAUAUCAUACGUUCCACAUAAAGCUUCCAGUUUGUAAUAUAAUACCAGUUGUAAAUUGUUUGAUAUUACUUUGUCUAAGAUAUAAGUAUUUUGAGAUUUCUACUGAAAGCUAAACUUGUAAAUCAUGUUGCUUGCAUUUAUACAAAUAUAUAUAUAUAAAUUUGAAAGA